AUGGCUACAUCGCCACCUAUCAUCAGCGUUCAAGCGUCCAACUUAAUCAGACGUUGUUUGUUUUUUCUAUACGCGCUCAAUGCUGUCGUUACGGUUUUUGGCGAGGACGUAACGAUAACUGGAAUAUCUGACGAUUUGAUCUCGGAGCUGUAUUCGAAGUACAAGGAAGCCGUGGAAGAUGAUUCAACUGUUACCACGCGUCGGAUUCACACUCGGAACCAUCAUUUUAAGAUUCACAUCAAGAAGUUAAAAGCGGUCAACGGUUUGAAACUGCACAAUUUAAUGAUAAAAGAAGAAGCGGCAAGUGAAACCAAUCCAUUGAUUUAUAUCGACAACCCCGUUGAAUCGAAAAUUCCCAACGCAUAUCUUACUUUGGAGGAGUUUAAAAAAGCUCUCACCAAUCGCAUCAUGAGCCAAAGAGAAGAACUGACAAUCGUGUCAAACUAUGCCCUUCGGACACCGAAAGUAGUACAAACAAUACCAAGGAAAUGGUCCGAUAAGAACAAUAAAACAUUAGUUUUAAUAAAUAAAAAAACACCAUCAACAAAAUCAAUCCAGCAAACAAAGAAUUUAAUGAAAACCUCAAUCGAAGGUACAAAUAAGUGGGAAGGUACAAAUAAUUUUGUAACACAACAAAUAGAAAAUGUUACUUCGAUAUUGCAAGUAAAUCAAACAACACAAAGUCUAGAAAGAUCUACAGAUAGUACCACAGAAUUGAUCUCUAAGGAAACAAGCACAGAGAGUACUUCUGAAGUAAGUUUAACUUCAUUGAUACUAGAAAGCUCUACGAUGACAACUACAACCACAGAGUUCAUCACUGAGGUAACAAGUAAAGAAAGUUCUAGAAUAGAUAAAGAAGUUACUAAAACAACGACUAGAAGAACACGGCGAACCUUAGGGCGGCCCCUCGUUUUCAUGGGAAGGAACAGA